CUCUUUUGUGUUUUGCGGCAUUUGCCCUGCAACCACGGUUUUCUGCUUCGCUGCCUUCGCCCUGUCACCACCUCGACGGCUUCUUGGAACUAGCCUCAUUUUCGUUCUCUCCGCUCAAUUGGCCAAGAUGCUAUCUCGGAACUCUACCCGCGCUGCUCAGCGGCUGCUCAGGGCCACUGCCCAGCCCCAAAAUCGCCUGAACGUUGCGCGCGGCUUCGCCAGCGUCAGCGACUCCCAGACAGUCCAGUCCGACAUCUUCAAGCCCACCAAGUACGGCGGCAAGUACACCGUCACGCUGAUCCCCGGAGACGGCAUUGGUGCCGAGGUUGCCGAGAGCGUGAAGACCGUCUUCAAGGCGGAUAAUGUGCCCAUCACAUGGGAGCAGAUUGAGGUGUCGGGCCUCGACACCGCCACGCCCACGGGCCGCACGGAGGAGAAGUUCCAGGAGGCCGUCGCCUCCCUCAGGCGAAACAAGCUCGGCCUGAAGGGCAUCCUGCACACGCCGAUCAGCCGCUCCGGCCACCAGAGCUUCAACGUGGCGAUGCGCCAGGAGCUCGACAUCUACGCCUCCAUCUCGCUGGUCAAGAACAUCCCCGGGCUCAAGACGCGCCACGAGAACGUCGACCUCUGCAUCAUCCGUGAGAACACCGAGGGCGAGUACAGCGGCCUCGAGCACCAGAGCGUGCCGGGCGUCGUCGAGUCGCUGAAGAUCAUCACUCGCGCGAAGUCGGAGCGCAUCGCCAAGUUCGCUUUCAGCUUCGCCCUGGCGAACAACCGCAAGAAGGUCACCUGCAUCCACAAGGCCAACAUCAUGAAGCUGGCCGACGGUCUCUUCCGUGGCACCUUCAGCCGGCUGGCCAAGGACUACCCCCAGCUCGAGUGCAAUGACAUGAUUGUCGACAACGCCUCGAUGCAGUGCGUCAGCAAGCCCCAGCAGUUCGACGUCAUGGUCAUGCCCAAUCUGUACGGCGGCAUUCUGUCCAACAUUGCCGCUGCGCUUGUUGGCGGCCCGGGUGUCGUCCCCGGCUGCAACAUGGGCCGUGACGUGGCCGUCUUUGAGCCUGGCUGCAGACACGUCGGUCUCGACAUCAAGGGCAAGGACCAGGCCAACCCCACGGCCAUGCUGCUCAGCGGCACCAUGCUCCUGCGACACCUCGGCCUUGACGACCACGCCAACCGCAUCUCCAACGCCGUCUACGACGUUAUCGCUCAGGGCAAGGUCCGAACCCGCGACAUGGGCGGCAAUGCCACCAACCAGGAGUUCACUCGUGCCAUCCUUAACUCGAUGGAGAAGGCUCUCUAAACACAUCCAGCAUUCAGGCAACACGGUUCACACGGCGGGCAUACGUAACGACCACAUUGCUGUGCCCGAACACCAGCACAACUUCAUUCCUCCCCAGAGAUAGACUGUCCAAUA